GAUGAUAGAUUGAGGCAUCAAGGACUAUCAAUGACUUGAGAAAACACCUGGAUUUCACACCUUAAAUCCACUCCUCCUGGGCAACCAUUGGUGGAAGGAGCGCAUAUAGCCCGUCUCCAUCAAUACUGGAGUAGGAGAGCAACCUCAAAGGUUAAAAAGAUAGUAACCAUGUACUUUGAUCCGAUCUCCACACAUUUCGAACCGUGCCCAACGAAAGCCAUGUUUGAAAGCGACAAGUUCUGCGGUGAGUCUUCCCAGAGUGAGCUGAUGUCCGAGGCGAAGUCCCUGGGCUCUGGGUCAACCAGUCCUAUCUCGGUCAACUCUGACUCCAGCUGCGCCAGUCCUGAGCCGAAACCAUCCGCAGAGACGCGGGUCAGAAGGCCGCUGAACGCCUUUAUUAUCUGGACCAAGGAGGAGCGCAGACGCUUGGCCCAACUCAACCCUGACCUGGAGAAUACCGACCUCAGCAAAAUUCUCGGUAAGACCUGGAAGGCCAUGUCUCUGGCAGAGAAGCGACCCUACAUGCAGGAGGCUGAGCGCCUGAGAGUACAGCACACCAUUGACCAUCCCAACUACAAGUACCGGCCUCGCAGGAAGAAGCAGCUGAAGAAGGGCCCCAAAGGGCCCCUGCCUGUGGAGGCCACUGUCCCUCUCUCCACCCGCUGCAGUAAAGAUUUUGCCAUGCCUUAUGACCUCAACUACCUCAUCCAGAACCAGUCCCAUCAGCAGCAAGCCUACCCAAAUCCAACCACCUACCCAUCCUCCCAGGCAUACUUUUCCCAUCUUCCCAGGGAGACCUUCCCAGACAGGUUAAUUUACACAAAUCCAGAAGCAACAUUCUCUAACAAGCCUCUAAUGUACUCUAACACUGCGGCAUACCCAGCAGAGCCUCAUCCGUACUACUCUACCCAGCAUGGGCUGCAGCAGUGUGGGCCCCCCAACCCAGCCUGUGCUAUGUCUCACAGGGAGCAGGGGGACUUCAGGGCCUCAGGCCCCCAGCUGUGCCCCCCCACUGGCCCCUCUCUGGAGUUCUAUCUGGAGCAGGUUCAGCUGGACAUGCUCUAUGAUCUGGACCCCAGUGAGUUCGAACAGUACUUUGGCCCGUCCACAUGCCAGCCUGAGCCACUGGAGUAAAAUGAUCACCAGUGGGCUAGCCUAUGGGGGUCCUGAACAUUUGAGAGUCGUUAGCGUGCACAGCAUGUCAACUCCCAAAUGUAUUUAUUGAAAUUAUAUAUUUUCCCCCUAACCUAUUGUUACUAUUUAGAUGUAUGGAAAUUACGUUACACGUUUUAAACAUGACGUGUUUAGCAUUAUUAUUUAUAUUGUUUGUUUUGUUUUUGUCAAAAUGUACUCUUAUUGAUAAAAGAGUGUUUC